AUGUCGGUUCUCAGAAACCAGUUCCCGCUGUCGGGCCUCGAAAGAACCCAGUUCCCGCUGCCGGACCUCCACAGACUCCAGUUUCCGCAGACUCCAACCCACGUGUUCCCCUUGACUCCCGAGACCCCCGUGUCCCCGUUGACGCUCGAGAUCCCCAUGUUCCCCUCCGACUGUCGAGACCCCAGUGACUCCGUCGGCCUUUCAGCCUGGCCUCCCGAGCGACUACUCCGUCGGCCUUCAGGCCGGCCUAUCCGCCCGGCCUAUCCGCCCGCAUCCUGCCGGCCUCCGCACCGGCCUCCGCGCCAGCCUCCGCCCCGGCCUCCGCUCCGGCUUCCUGAGCGGCUCUGCCCGCAUCCUGCCCGCAUCCUGCCCGGCCUCCCCACCGGCCUCCUGAUUGGCCCCAGCUGCAUCCAGCCCAGGCUCUCCGACCACCUCGCCGUCCUCCAGAGCGGUCUCCUGCCCCGCCUCCUGCGGCCCUUAGACCCUCCUCCGGCGCGCCUCCACCCACCCUUAUCACCCGUUAUCUCUUUCUGUGCAGUGUCUAGUCAGGCUCCUGUCGUCUCAGUGGAGCCCCGGGCUGCUACUGUGCGCCAAGGGGAGACUGUCAGCUUUAGAUGCCAGGUGGGUAGCGGUGCACCGCCAAUCCAACUGCAGUGGAAGAGAGCCAAUAACAAAGCAUUACCAGACAAUGCUAAGACAGGUCCUGAUGGCUCUGUGUUGACAGUUGCGAACGCCCGACCCGAAAACCAGGGCCAGUACCGUUGCUUGGCAGCCAACCCUGCAGGCCGCAGCACGGCCUCGGCCGUGCUCAACGUCAAACAUGCUCCUCAAGUCCGGCUGACACCAGCCGAGCCCCUGCGGGUCAGGUUGGGUGAACCUGUGUCAGUAGAGUGUCGUGCCACAGGGAGGCCCCGCCCCAUACUGACCUGGAAACGCCAAGGAUCCACCCUGCAGCUGGUUACCAAGGAGACAAAUGAUGUCAACACUAUACAGUGGCCUGCAGUGCAUCCAGAGGACUCAGGAGUUUAUAUUUGCCAGGCUAAAAACAGUGAGGGGAUGGCGGAGGUCAAAGUUGAGGUCAUUGUUAAGGGGCAGCUGGGAGCGCCAGUGGCUUCAGUGGGCGCUACAGAAAUGACAGUGGUGGAGGGACACACAAUCACAAUGGCGUGUCAGGCCAGUGGUUCCCCUCUUCCUGUCAUCACCUGGUCUAAGCUGCGAGCUCCGUUGCCAUGGAAACACACAAUGGCUGGUGGAAUAUUGACGCUGACCAGCGUGGGGCGCCAAGAUUCAGGACAAUACAUCUGUAAUGCAACCAACAUGCAUGGCUACAGUGAGGCGUACACGCAGAUGGAGGUGGAGAGUCCUCCGUACGCCACCAGCCUGCCCGACCAGGUGAGGCUGCAGCCCGGAGAUGCCCUGAGCGUGCAGUGCCUCGCCCACGGCUCUCAUCCCAUUCAGUUCGAGUGGAGCCGGGGCAGCAGGGCGGGCCUGCCUCCAGGAGCAGAGUCCACAAAGGAUGGGAAGCUGCUCAUAGCUCACGUUAAACUGAGCGACAGCGGAACGUACAAAUGUGUGGCCACCAACCACAUCGGCUCCAGUGAGGCGCUGGUCAAAGUCAUCAUAAAAGCUUAAUCCAUUGUGGUCACAUGUCUGAUUGACAAACAAUGCAACUAUUACAACUUCUUCAAACCGUGAUUGUUGACAUCAAGAUGGUCAAACAGCCAAUACUGAGAAAACAGAGAAAAUUAUAUUUAAUAGAUUCAUAUAUUUUCACAUGAAAGAUAUCAAUGCUGCUUAAACUUUUGGUUUUAUUGUGCAUAUGGGGUUAAGUUUGUACUUUUAUAGAAAACCAGAAAGCCAUUGUUGCGCCUGUCUCAUACUUCCUUUGCGAAAGCUUUUCUCUGACGUCCUCCAGUAUGUGUGUGGGAGUUUCUUCUGCUGGAAUGCCUCUGCACCCUGUCUGCCUUCCUUCAUGUCAUCUGACAAGUCAACGCUGUCCAAAAGGGAAAGGAGGACACAAAA